CAUCAAACAUUCAGAUUUCAAAACCAUGAUGGCUAUGAAAACUGCAUCAGAUCCACCUCUCCUAGAUCAAUAUGGAACAUUGAUCAGUCAACUCAGAGAAAUUCCGGUGACUCAGUGCAAUGAUCAUAAUUGUGAAGUGAUAGAAGACUGUGAACUCCCCUUAAUUGAUCUUGGUGGUCUAUGGAGUCACAACGACGAUGAGAGGAAGGCUUGUGUGGAAGCAAUUGCAAGGGCAUCUUCAGAAUGGGGUUUCUUUCAGGUGGUAAACCAUGGAAUCAGUCCUGAGCUUCUUAGGGAGAUGAGAAAAGAACAGGUGAAGGUGUUUCAAACCUCUUUUGAGAAGAAAGCUAGUUGUUGUCUUCUUAAUGAUUCAUAUAGAUGGGGGAGUCCUACUGCUACUUCUCUAAAACAUUUCUCUUGGUCUGAGGCCUUCCAUAUCCCUCUCACUAAGAUUUCAGAUGAGGCUAGUUAUGGAGAGUUCAUCACUCUAAGGGAAGUGUUGCAGAAGUUCUCCGCCGCGAUGUCAAAACUUGCUUGGUUGCUUGCCGGAGUACUAGUCGAGAACUUGGGUCAAUCAAAGGAACCUCUAGGAAAAAUUUGCAAUGAAAAUACCUGUUUUCUUCGCAUGAAUCACUACCCAAAGUGCCCAAUCUCGCCGGAAAUCUUUGGUUUAGUGCCUCAUACAGACAGUGACUUCCUUACUAUCCUUUACCAAGAUCAAGUUGGUGGAUUGCAACUCUUGAAAGAUUCCAAAUGGGUCGCUGUAAAACCCAAUCAAGAUGCUCUUAUCAUCAACAUUGGAGAUCUUUUUCAGGCAUGGAGCAACAACCAAUAUAAGAGUGUGGAGCACAAGGUGAUGACUAAUGGGAGAGUAGAAAGAUAUUCGAUAGCUUAUUUUCUAUGCCCAUCUUAUGGUUCUUUAGUAGGGAGUUGCAAAGAACCUUCUUUGUAUAGAAAGUUUACAUUUGGAGAGUACAGAAAACAAAUUCAAGAAGAUGUGAAGAGAACCGGCCACAAAGUGGGUCUUCCAAGAUUUCUCCUUUAGGUUGGUUACAUGCAAUAAUAUGAUAAGAUCAAGUUAGGUGUGGCUCAUUCAACACCAUCCAAUUUGCAAAAGAAUGAAUUUGGAUAGGUGAUAUUUUACAUCAAAUUUAAUCAUUGAUGCCAAGAAAUUGGAUUCAUAUAAAAUGUUGAUGAUUUGAAGCACAAUCAAAUAAAUGGUUAGGGCAUUAAAAUAUAAUAUGUUUUGAGUGAUGGAUACAGCCUGUAAUAAUUUGUAUACUUCCAUUUUCAACUCCAAACAAGAUAAAGAGAUACAUAUGUAGAUAAACUUCUUUAUAUUUUGGUUCUAUUGUGUAAAUUUUUAUAUUUUCAA